AUUUAGCAGUGAAAAAGAGUUAUGAAGACGUGAAUGAAGUAUUAAGAGUUCUGUUGACAUUCAAGUAGAGUAAGAGUUCUGUUGACAUCAAUCAGUAAGUAAAGAGUUCAAGGUGAUGUUAAUGGUAGUGAAGGUUGGAAGGAUUUUGGAUAUGAAUACAAUGUGAAGAUAUCAAGAUUUCAAGUCUUGAAGAAUUUCAAGCCAUCUUUAAACUCAAACUAUCAAGUGAACCAAGAGGAUUUGGUUUUGUCCAAUACAUUGAACCUGAUGAUGCUGCCGAGGCCAAGUAUCAGAUGGAUGGUCAAACUUUUCAUGGUCGGCAGCUAACUGUUGUUUUUGCUGAGGAGAACAGGAAAAAGCCAACUGAAAUGCGAGCUCGGGAGCACAGGGGUGGGCGCAGUUAUGAGAGGAGACGUUCUCCUCGCUACUCACGUUCUCCACCAUCCCGUUAUGCAAGAUCUCGCAGCCGUGAUUACUACUCUCCAAGGAGAAGAGACUACUCUAGGUCUGUCUCUCCAGAUGGGAGAAGAAGCAGGGAGAGAUCAUACUCGCAUUCUCCAGAUCGGUCCCCAGUUUAUCACGAUGGGUCGAGGAGCCGUAGCCAAACUCCAGUGAGGGAUCAUUCGCCACCUUACUCUAGGAGUGCCAGCAGAAGUCCAGGUGGCAGGAGAGCCCGUUCUCCCCCACACCCCAAAAGCAGGAGCCCUGGUGGAGGCGCAAGGGGUAGGAACUACGAUGGCCCGCCAGAAUACCCCGAAAGUUAAUCUCUCUCUCUCUCUCUCUAGAAGUUGCAGGCUUGUUGCAGGCGAGCUGAGUUUAUAUUGUGUCUCUUGUAGCUGUGCUACCUUUAAAUGCACUCUUGUCUUAUUGAGGGGUGAUUCCUUUGGGGUCUAGCUUUUAUGUUUGUGUGAGAGAUGUGACAUGACUAAUUUAUCUUCUUCUUUCUAGGGUUGUUUGUAACUGGAAUUGCCUUGUUUCUUUUCUAAUGGAGCGAGAAAAUGUUUUC